UCCUCUCCUCUUCUUGACUUCUUUCUCCUUCAUCCGGCAGGUGCCGCCUGGAAAAACCUGUGGCCCAAGUUUUGCUUGCAAAUUGUCUCUGGUUAGAAAGCCCUGCGAGCGAGCAGCCCCCGGAAACCAUGCAGGGGCAGAAGCCCUUCGACCGAAGGUCCUUUCCAAGGAAGCAGGGGGGACUCUCCACAUGCUCCGUGUGCGGGAAAUCCUUUGCUCACCGGUCCCUCCUUUUGAUCCACCGGAAGCUGCACACGGGGAAUGGAUCGCAUCUGUGUGUGGAGUGUGGCAAAUCCUUUCCUGGAGUCUGGGGCUUUGCCAAACAUCUCAGGGGCCACCCCGGACUAAGGCCCUACAAAUGUGGAGAGUGCGGAAAGCGUUUUGCUAGAGGCUCGCACCUUGGAGCCCAUCGGCGACUCCACUGGGGAAGGAGACCUCAGGAAUGGCGGAAGCGCCGGAAAAGGUUUCCUGGGGGAUGGUGUCCUUCUAGGCCUCCAAAGGGCCCCACUGAAGAGAAGCCCUGUAGAUGUGGGCAUUGUGGGCUGUGCUUUUCUCAAAAGUCCAAACUUCUUCAACAUGUGCAAAUCCACACUGGAGAGAAACCUUAUAAAUGUCUGGAGCCUGGCAAAUCGUAUAAUCCAAAACCGAUCCUUAAGGUCCAUGAGAAGCACCACACAGGAGAGAAACCUUACAAGUGCUGGCAAUGUGGGAAGGGCUUUACUUGCAACUCACAUCUUUGGGCACAUGAGAAGGCUCACACAGGAAUAAGACCUUAUAAAUGCUUUGAGUGUGGAAAAAGUUUCACUCGAAGUGCAUCUCUUCAGAGUCAUGAGAAAACACACAACAGGCAGAAAAAAGUAAAGUGCUUAGAAUGUGGGAAAUGUUUUUCUGUCAAAUCAAGCCUAGUGCGACAUCAGAGAAUUCACACCGGAAGUACAUCCUAUAAAUGCCAAGAAUGUGAGAGACGAUUUUUGGAGUCUUCUGAACUUCGGAGACACCAGAUGGGGCACAAAGGAAGGAGACCCUAUAAAUGUGAGGAGUGUGGGAAAUGCUUUUCCUGGAAGUUACAUCUUCAUUCACACCAGUGUGUCCACACAGGUGAGAAACCAUACAAGUGCAUGGAAUGUGGGAAAUCUUUUGCUCAAAAUGGAGGACAUUGGGAGCAUCAGAAAAUUCACACAGGAGAGAAGCCAUAUCAAUGCAUCGAAUGUGGAAUAUUUUUUCGUACAACAGCUGGCCUCAGACAUCAUGUGAAAGUUCACACAGGGGAAAAAAAUUACAAAUGUUUGGACUGUGGGAAAGCAUUUGCUUGUCAAUCUUCUCUUAGAAAUCACAACCGCCUAAUGCAUAUUGGAGAGGCACCCUGUAAAUCCUUGGAGUCUGAUGAAUCCUUGGAGUAUGGAAAAUGUUUUGCUCAAAGUUUUUCUCUUCGGAGCCAUGAGAAAAAACACAGAGGGGAGAAAAAAGAAAAAUGCCUAGAUUGUGGGAAAUGUUUUUCCAUCAAAUCAAGCCUGGUGCAACAUCAGAGAAUUCACACCGAAGAAAGACCCUACGAAUGCCCAGAAUGUGAGAAACAAUUUCUGUCGUCUUCUGGACUUCGGAGACACCAGAUGGGGCACAAAGGAGAGAAACCCCAUGAAUGUGGGGAGUGUGGGAAAAGUUUUAUCACAUCAACAAAGCUUCGGAUUCAUCAGAGCAUCCACGUGGGGGAGAAGCCGUACAAAUGUGGGGAGUGUGGGAAAUGCUUUUCCCAAAAAGGCUGCCUUGGAAGGCAUCAGAGCGUCCAUACAGGAGUGAGGCCAUACAAAUGUGUAGAAUGUGGGAAAAGUUUUUCUCGAAAGGCAGGACUUUGGGGACAUCAGAGAACUCACACAGGGGAGAAGCCCUAUCAAUGUAUCGAGUGUGGAACGUUUUUUCGUACAGCAACAGGCCUGAGACGUCAUGUGAAUGUUCACACAGGGCAAAAGAAUUACAAAUGUUUAGACUGUGGGAGAACAUUUGCUUAUUCGUCAAACCUUAGAAAUCACAGCCGCCUAAUGCAUAUAGGAGAGACGCCCCAUAAAUGCUUGGAGUGCAAUAAAUGUUUUUCCAGGAAAGAAACUCUUUUGAAGCAUCAGAGAAUUCAUACUGGAGAAAAACCUUAUCAGUGUCUGGAGUGUGGGAAAUCCUUUCCUUACAACGAAGCUCUUAGAAACCACGAGAGAAUUCACACAGGAGAGAAACCUUACAAAUGUGGGCAAUGUGGGAAGGGCUUUACUUGGAGAUCAAAGCUUUUGUUACAUGAGAAGACUCACACAGGAAUAAAACCUUAUCAAUGCUUCGAUUGUGGAAAAAGUUUCUCUCGAAGUGACUAUUUUUUCAAUCAUAAGAAAAUACACAAAGGGGAGAAAAAUCAGUGCCUAGAAUGUGGGAAAUGUUUUUCCACCAAAUCAAGCCUGGUGCGACAUCAGAAAAUUCACACCGGAGACAGACCCUAUGAAUGCCCAGAAUGUGAGAAACGAUUUGUGGAGUCUGCUGAACUUCGGAGACACCAGAAGGGGCACAGAGGAGAGAAGCCGUAUAAAUGUGGGGAGUGUGGGAAAAGUUUUAGCUCAGCAACGCUGCUUCGGAAUCAUCAGAGAAUCCACACGGGGGAGAAACCAUUCAAAUGUGGGGAGUGUGGGAAAUGCUUUUCCCAAAAGCAACACCUUCGAAGGCAUCAGAGCAUCCAUACAGGAGCGAAGCCAUAGAGAUAAGCAGAAUGUGGGAAAGGUUUUUCUCGAAAGGCAGGACUUUGUGAACAUCAGAAAACUCACACAGGGGAGAAGCUCUACCUGUGCCCCGAAUGUGGAACAUUUUUGUUGUACAUCAGCCCUAAGAAGUCAUGUGAAAGUUCACACAGGGGAAAAAAUUACAAAUGUUUAGACUGUGGGAGAGCAUUUGUUUGUCCAUCAUCCCUUAAAAAUCACAGCUGCCUAAUGCAUAAAGGAGAGACGCCCCAUAAAUGCUUGGAGUGUGAU